AUGCCGCUAAGAAACCUCAUAACUGCAGAUCUAACAGCGGUGAAGGUGAAUGUAAAAAGAGAAGGGGAGGACAGGGCGAGGGAGUUUAUACUUGCAUCGUCCUACCUCCCCUACGAAUUAGAACCACCAACAGCGGAACUUCAGAGGCUGGUAGACUAUGCAACGAGAGGGAGGAGCAGACUGAUCGUAGGAACAGACGCAAACUCCCACCACGUCGCAUGGGGCAGCACAGACACAAAUGGUAGAGGUAACCAACUACUUGAAUUUAUAAGCAGCCUUAAUUUAAAUGUUUUGAAUUUAGGUAACGAACCAACCGUUGUGACUAGAAACAGGAGUGAGGUCAUAGACAUCACAAUUGCAUCUAGCAACGCAGAGGAUAAAACACUGGGGGUAAAAGACUGGAGGGUGGCUAAGGAGCUGGUCUCCUUGUCAGACCACCGGUAUAUCACCUUCAAGCUGAAUGUAGAGGCCAAAAGCACAUACUUCUACAGGAAUCCUAGACGUACUGACUGGGACCUUUAUCGAAAAGAGCUCAUCAGGAGACUAGGAGAAGUAGAAUUGAGGUACGGCAACAUUCAGGAGCUAAAUGCAGCAGCCCUCGCCGUAGAGGGGGUCAUCACAUCAGCAUAUCACAACAGCUGUCCAGAGAUCAAGAGAAGGGAACCAACACUGGAAUGGUGGAGCCCUAAAUUGGGCGAACUAAGACAGGAAACGAGGAAACUCUGGAAUAAAGCGAGAAGAGAUGGAAGUUGGGACGAAUACUACACAUCACUAAACGCUUACAACAGCUCCCGCCCGGCAAAGCAACGUUGCAAAAACGUUGCGGCAACAUUGCCAAUUAUCUGGUAA